AUGGCUCCAGACAAUAAUAAACUCAGAGAAAUAAGCCCAAUUAGCGGCAAUGGAGAGGAUUUUGAAGACCAAUAUCUUUCAGAACAAAACCUCUUUGGUCUAGGACCUUCAGGGUCAUUUCAAACAGCAAGAGGAGAGGUAUCAAAUUGCAUGAACUCCACAAAGAAAAUCUCUCCAAAUUCAAAGAGCUUCAACAGAAAGCAAUCUUACAAUUGGGUAGACAUUAAAUUCGAAUCUUUCGACGUAUCAAAUCACUGGAGCCCUACGAAGAAAACUUCUCCAAACUCAAAGCGCUUCACUAGAAGGCUAUCUUCUGACGAUGAAGAAGAAGACUUACCACCUUCGAAGAGACAAGCGUAUGAUUCUUAUCAAGGAUAUGAUGUAAAAGCACCACAGCAAUCUCGAUUUAGUGUCACUGCAGGCAGUCGUUCUCCAGCAGAAAUUGAAAGAGCGGCAAGAGUCGCUCAACUCAAGAACGUCUUGCAGCUCGAUGAAGAUGUCAAGACGGAAAUGUCACAUGCUUCACCAAACGGAUAUGAGAGUGACCUCUACAAUGCUUCACCCGAUCAAGACUCUGCUCUUUUCAUGGAGUCUCAUCAAAUACAUAACCUUGACCGCCCUGAUAUUUUUGAAGUACAGUCUCCACCCAUGUUCUUUCACCACUCUGCUUUUCCUACUGAAAGUCGUAGCGUCUCUGUGGGCCUCGAUGAUACCGAGGAGAAAAUCACAGAACCUCCUAAUAUGUUUUCUCGUGCUCCAUCUCCUAGCAGGACAGAGGAUCUUAUUGAAACAGAUGAAGACUUACAUUCAAAGAUCAACAGUCCUGUGUUUAGUCGUCAAGAGGAAAUGUUCGACAACUUGUCAGACACUGAUUCAGAUGCUCUUACUAAGGAUACCCCAUUACCUUCCAUCGAGAUCUCAUCGGAUGACGACUUCUACAGCUCAGACAGCUCGGAAGCCAACUCAUCCGAUCACAGCAAGCGAAAUGUCAACGAACCAUGGAAUAUCGAGGAUCGAUUCAUUGAAGUACACGAACUGAUAACCGCUACGCAUCACGUGAUGCUUCAGAAUCACAAGAGCACCGAAACAUUCCAAGAGCAGAAUUCCGAUCAAGCCCAACAAAUCGCAUCUAUAUAUAGCACAAUUGAAAUAUUGGGAAAGCAAGCCCGAAACCAAGCUGAAGAAAUCCUGGAAUUAAGAGGUGAAAUUACAAAACUCAAAGAAGAAAAUGCAGGACUGGCACGUCGACAUACGGAAUUGGGUGAUUCGCUUGUCGAACUCUCAGAGCAAAUUAUCCAUUGUAAUAAACAACUUGAAGAACUUAGAACGGAAAGAGUUUCGGAAUUUAAGCAGGAUGCUUCGGGGGUCGAUAAAGAUGAAGUUACGGAACUAAAAAAUGAGGUUGCGAGAUUGAAUAAAGAGGCUCUUGAGUUGAAGAGGGACGUUUUGAAGAAGGAGAUUGAGAAAUUCCGCAAUUGUACCUAG